AGACAAAAACACUCCUGAGACAAUCUCCUGAUACGAGUAACCCAAGAAGACAUCCUUAAUUAAGCUGCUAGAUGGUGACUAACAACAAAUCCGCUCACUGAUGCAUAACACCAUGAAACUAACAAUCUCUCUAUAUAUAGUUAUAACUUCUAAUCAGUAAUUACACAAAAAUAAUGAUGGUGCUUGGUGGGACGCUUUUCCAAGACCCAUAUUUUCUAUUACUGGUGCUUUCUGUAGCUGUUUCUUUUUCUUUUACAGGAACCAGUAAUGGCGAGUACUUGAUUGGCGUUGGAAGCUAUGACAUGACUGGACCUGCUGCUCAGGUUAACUUGAUGGGCUAUGCUAACAUAGAGCAGAAUGCCGCCGGUGUCCAUUUCCGGCUAAGGGCUAGGACUUUUAUUGUUGCAGAGAGUGCAAAAGGUGCAAGGUUUGCGUUCGUCAAUCUUGACGCUGGGAUGGCUUCACAACUAGUCACCAUAAGGGUGCUUGAGAAACUGAGAUCAAGGUUUGGAAAUUUGUAUAGCGAAGAAAAUCUGGCAAUUAGUGGUAUUCAUACUCAUGCAGGUCCUGGAGGAUACUUGCAGUAUCUACUUUAUCAUGUUACAUCUCUAGGCUUUGUUCAGCAAUCAUUUGAUGCCAUCGUCAAUGCAAUUAUACAAAGCAUAGUUCAGGCUCACGAAAACCUAAAGCCUGGAUCAAUUUUCAUCAAUAAAGGGGAUGUAGAGAAUGCAGGAAUAAACAGGAGUCCAAGUGCAUAUCUACUAAACCCAGAAGAGGAGAGAGCGCGAUACUCAUCUAAUGUUGAUAAAGAAAUGACUCUUUUGAAGUUUGUAGACGGCGAAACUGGAAAAAGUAUUGGAGCAUUCAGUUGGUACGCUACUCAUGGAACCUCCAUGAGCAGAGAUAAUAAGCUAAUUAGCGGAGACAACAAAGGUGCUGCUGCUAGAUUCUUCGAGGACUGGUUCGCUUCUACCACCAAACCCAACACAACCUCAGUCACCAACUUCUCCACCGCAUCAGAUAUUGAUAUGUUGAUUGAGAAAGCGCAAAAUAUCAAGGCCACAGGAGGACAAACAUGCGGUAAAACGACAAGUCAAGUUUUCAAGGUGAGGAAGAAUAAUGGCUCACUGUUCGUUGGGGCAUUCUGUCAAUCAAAUGUUGGAGAUGUGACCCCAAAUGUUCUUGGAGCAUUUUGCACUGACACAGGAAAACCCUGCGACUUCAAUCAUUCUUCAUGCCAUGGCGAUGUUCGGCUUUGCUUGGGCCGUGGGCCUGGAUACCCAGAUGAAAUAUUGAGCACGAAAAUCAUAGGGGAGAGGCAAUUCAACAAGGCCGUUGAUCUUUUCAUGUCUGCGUCAGAGGAAUUAAAUGGGAAGAUUGAUUAUCGGCAUUUGUAUCUAAACUUUACGGAUCUUGAGGUGGAUAUAGAUGGGAAGGGGAAAGUCAAGACUUGCCCUGCGGCCCUAGGCCCAGGAUUUGCCGCUGGAACUACAGAUGGACCUGGCAUGUUUGGGUUUGAACAGGGAGAUACAAAUAUAAACGAGCUCUGGCGGAAAGUAAGGGACUUGUUGCGAAAACCAAGCAAAUAUCAAGAACAUUGCCAAAAACCAAAGAAUGUUUUAAUUUCUACAGGAGAAAUGUUUGAACCUUAUGCAUGGGCGCCAGCAAUCCUUCCAAUUCAAAUACUGAGGGUAGGGAAACUGAUCAUACUUUCCGUACCAGGAGAAUUCACAACAAUGGCUGGUCGGCGAUUAAGGGAAGCAGUUAAGGAAACAUUAAUACGUAAUGGAGGAGAGUUUGAUAAUGACACACACAUUGUAAUAGCUGGCCUCACAAACACCUAUUCGCAGUAUGUUGCAACGACUGAAGAAUAUGGGCAACAGAGAUAUGAGGCAGCUUCGACGCUCUAUGGUCCUCAUACGCUGUCAGCAUAUAUUCAGGAAUUCAACAGACUGGCAGAAGCAAUGGCAAGGGGAGAACAGCUUAUAAAAACAGACUUGGUACCACCAGAUCUUUCUUCUAAACAACUCAGACUCUUACUUGACCCUUGGAUAGACACACCUCCCAAGGGCAUAAAGUUUGGUGAUGUAAAACAAGAUGUCUCUCAACCUAAAGAAGGCUCGUUCAAGAAGGGAGAUAGACCGAGUGCCACAUUUUGGAGUGGUAACCCGAGGUUUGAUCUAUUAACAGAAGGUACAUUUGCUGUUGUAGAGAAGCUUCAAGGAGAGCGGUGGAUUCCAGUUUAUGAUGAUGAUGAUUUCAGCCUGUAUUUCAAGUGGCGAUUGGAUGAUGGUACCUUGUCUAGCAUAGCGACAAUUGAAUGGGAGGUGCCAAAGGAGGCUACCUCAGGAGUUUACCGGCUAAGGCACUUUGGGUCAUUUAAGAAAACAGCAGACUCCCACAUUGAAUAUUUCACUGGUACAUCUAGUGCAUUUACAGUAUCUUAGAGGCAAUCCAUAUCCAAUACAUGUAUUUCUAAUUGAAAAUAAUAUAAAGUUUUUGUAUUGAUUACGUGUUUUCAUAAAUUCAAGGACAGUGACCUGCAUUUAUUUAUUUGAACAUAUGAAAAGUUUUCA